AUGGUCCGGAGGGCACAUAGCUCCUUCAAGAAAGACCAGGAUCUGCCGGGUGACAUCACGCCAGUGGAACAUGUGCUGGGUGACGAUGCGCCGAUUUCCUUGGACAAAGAGGGCGCCCGGGCCGCGCUGGGCGCGCUGGGUUUGAGAGGUGCUUGCCACAAUGCCCCUAUCAAAACCUUGAGUGGUGGCGAGACGCUCGACAUAGGAUGA